AUGCUUCUCGAUGAAGAUCCGGCAACUCUCAUCCGUCAUACAAUUGGAAAUUUUAACAUUGUCCCCGACAAAUCCGCUGUUGCUCGCAUCAAUGAAUCUCUGUCAACAUUACAACAAGCUCGAGAUCUCCGAAUAAGAGAAGCGGAGAGCGCAUUGAAAAAAUUAUCGAGGAAUCUAAACACUCUAAAUAAUAAUCAUCUUGAAACCGUUUCCGCCCACUCCCCCACAGCACACGCCUCCGAAAUAGCAACUCUCGAUACACAAAAGUUCCGCAUCGCAAAAGCAGCCAGUGACUUGGAGAUAGAAUCCGAACGUCUCUCUUCACAGCUUGCAGAUCUUCAGGCUCGAUUGCAAGAAUUAGAACAGCAGGGGAUGGAAGGAGGGGAGAAUGUUAAGAGAGGCCAGGUGGAUGACGAAAUUAGUCUCAAACUAAAAGUCUAUAGAGGGUUGGGGAUCGACAUUGAGAGAGAUAGAGAGAGUGGAGAAUACUCUAAGGCUAUUAUUCGAAAUGGAAAGAAGGGAGAUGUGCAUGUGGUGAACAUGGACAACAAGUUCUCGAAGUUUUUCUACGCGAAUUACUUUUGGCAGACUUUGUAG